CAGGGCUCCAGCAGAACCAAGAUGGCGGAGUGAGCAGCGACGCGCUGAAGUUGACUUUUAACUCCAUACGUUUGAGACUUGUUGUGCUCCCUUCCUCUGCUCGGACCGCUGCCCACUGAGAACCAGCACCGAUGUUUCCAGCUAUGUGGAGCUGAAGGUCCCGUGACAGUGCAGGGAAAGCCAGUCCAAGUGUCUUUUUUUGGGGAUGUCCAGGCUAGGUGGCCCGAGGGGGUUCGGCCCCAAAGCACAGACCACCGGCACAGACACUCCCGCUGCUGAGAGACGACCCGAGCUACAAGCUACUCGGCAGAAGGACACAUCCACAUGUAGAGACACCUGCGCAGCUGCUUGAAAGAGAGGACAGACCAAGCAGCAAACAGCUGAGGCUGAACUUUGGACCAGAUAUUCUGGACCCAGCUGGUCCUCAGACAGAGGUCACCUGUUUGGGUGAUAGCUUUUACUCCACCAGGCUCAAUUUGUCCCUUUUGAAUCUACCUGAGUUUUACAUUCCAUCCAUCUGUCCUCCCUCCUUCCACUCAGUCCUCUGAGUGGGUUUUUUUUGUGCAGCAGAGCCAGACGAGUAGAGCAGGUAAUGGAUGAUGCUGGCCAUGGUGACCUAGUGUAAAUGGCUAUUCCUCAGCACAGCUUAGUGCCAGUAUCUACUGCUCGAUCUUCCUUCUCCACUCCCCCCUCCUCUCACCCCUGCUCCACCUCUCUGCUCUCUUUGCCUGUUCACCGCUGCUGCUCGCUGCCCAGUCCUGCCGCUCCCCUCCAACACCAUGGUAGGUGCAGGUUUGGGUGUGUGGAAGCUAAUGCGAGGAGUCCGCCAGCUGGAGCUUCACCGCCUCAUCCUGGCACUGAUCAUCUUCUGCUUGCUGUCCAUGGCCUUCCUAGCGUACUAUGUCUCCAACAGCCCCAAAAUCAAGGAGGCCCCUCCUUUACCCUUCAGUGACUGUGGUGGAGGAGGAGGGAUGUCACCAGGAGCCAGUACUGGGGCCGCUGGAGGAGGGCCAGGUGUCCAGAGGGCGCCGCUUUUCCUCCCCCCGCGUCAGGGCCGACUACGACAGGUGAAGGCGGUGGACAAUUCCAGGACAGAGCCUGUAGUUCUGGUGUUUGUAGAGAGCAUCUACUCCCAGCUGGGCCAGGAGAUUGUAGCCAUUUUGGAGUCUAGCCGUUUCCACUACCGGACAGAGAUUGCUCCUGGUAAAGGUGACAUGCCCACGCUGACAGAGCGUAACCGUGGACGCUACACGCUCAUUAUCUAUGAAAAUGUGUUGAAAUAUGUCAAUCUGGAUGCGUGGAACCGUGACUUGCUGGACAAGUACUGUGCUGAGUAUGGAGUAGGUGUCAUUGGCUUCUUCAAAGCUAAUGAAAACUCUCUCCUCAGCGCGCAGCUCAAAGGGUUCCCCCUCUUUCUACACUCUCACCUGGGACUCAGGGACUACCGCAUCAAUCCCAGUGCUCCUCUACUCUACAUCACCAAGCCCAACCAGGUGGAGCAGGGCUCUUUACCAGGGGAUGACUGGACCAUUUUCCAGUCCAACCACUCUACUUACGAACCAGUGCUUCUGGCCAGCACCAAGUCCUCUGAGGCGCUGGCACACUUUGGACCCAGCCCCCUGCGGGCCCUCCAUGCGACGGUGGUCCAGGACUUGGGGCUCCAUGAUGGCAUUCAAAGAGUUCUCUUUGGGAACAAUCUCAACUAUUGGCUUCACAAGCUGGUGUUUGUAGAUGCCAUCGCCUACCUGACGGGGAAGAGGCUCUGCUUGUCCUUGGACCGCCACAUCCUGGUGGAUGUGGAUGAUAUAUUUGUCGGCAAGGAAGGAACCCGUAUGAAGGUGUCAGACGUGGAGGCUCUACUCAACACCCAGAACAAACUGAGAGCGCUGGUCCCUAACUUCACCUUCAACUUGGGAUUUUCUGGAAAGUUUUAUCACACAGGUACUGACGAGGAGGACCAGGGAGACGACAUGCUGCUGCAGCACAGGAUGGACUUCUGGUGGUUUCCUCACAUGUGGAGCCACAUGCAGCCUCACCUCUUUCACAACGUCAGCGUCUUGGCGGAGCAGAUGAGGCUCAACAAGAUCUUCGCUCAGGAGCAUGGUAUCCCAACAGAUAUGGGCUAUGCUGUCGCUCCACACCACUCCGGCGUUUACCCAGUUCACAGCCAGCUCUACGAGGCCUGGAAGUCUGUGUGGGGCAUCAAGGUGACCAGCACGGAGGAAUACCCCCAUCUGAGGCCAGCUCGAUACCGCCGUGGUUUCAUCCACAAUGGCAUCCAGGUGCUGCCCAGGCAGACCUGUGGUUUGUUCACCCAUACAAUCUUCUAUAAUGAAUACCCAGGAGGCUCCAAGGAGCUGGACAAGAGCAUCAGAGGAGGGGAGCUCUUCCUCACUGUCCUCCUCAACCCUAUCAGCAUCUUCAUGACCCACCUGUCUAAUUACGGCAACGACCGGCUGGGUCUGUACACCUUUGAGUCUCUGGUGAAGUUUGUCCAGUGUUGGACUAACCUCAGGCUGCAGACACUGCCCCCCGUCCAGCUCGCUGAAAAAUACUUCCAGAUCUUCCCUGAGGAGAGAGACCCUCUGUGGCAGAAUCCCUGUCAUGACAAGAGACACAAAGAUAUCUGGUCUAAAGAAAAGACCUGUGACCGACUCCCCAGGUUCCUCGUCAUCGGACCCCAGAAAACAGGCACUACAGCGCUUCAUUCAUUCCUGAGCCUCCACCCGGCGAUCACCAGUUCCUUCCCGAGCCCCACCACCUUCGAAGAGAUCCAGUUCUUCAGCGGAGCGAACUAUGACAACGGGAUAGACUGGUACAUGGACUUCUUCCCAUUCCCUUCUAAUGUCAGCACAGAUUUCAUGUUUGAAAAAAGUGCCAACUACUUUGACACAGAGGUGGCUCCUAAGAGAGCUGCCGCCCUGCUACCUAGAGCCAAGAUCCUGGCAGUGCUCAUCAACCCGUCUGACAGGGCCUACUCCUGGUACCAGCACCAGAGGGCCCACCAGGACCCCGCGGCCCUCAACAACACUUUCCAUUUAGUGGUGACAGCAGGCCCCUCAUCCCCCAAGGACCUGCUGGCCCUUCAGAGACGCUGCCUUAAUCCUGGGGCCUAUGCUGCUCACCUGGAGCGCUGGCUGCAAUACUACCAGCCCAGCCAGUUGCACAUUGUGGACGGCGCCCUGCUGCGGUCCAACCCAGCGCUGGUGAUGGAGGGGAUCCAGAGAUUCCUCGGUGUCACUCCCAUCUUCAACUACACCCAGGCUCUAAUGUAUGACGACAGCAAAGGUUUCUGGUGCCAGCGGGUGGAAGGAGGCCGAGCCAAAUGUCUGGGGAAGAGUAAAGGCAGGAAGUACCCAGAGAUGAGUCCCGAGACGCGUGCCUUUCUGACCGAGCACUACCGCGAGCACAACAUGGAGCUGCUGCGUCUGCUGAAUCGCUUGGGCCAACCGCUGCCGUCCUGGCUCCGCCAAGAACUCCAGAGCACCAGCUGGAGCUGAGGGACGCAGACAGGACGCACCACCGAGAGGCCGGGGGGGGACUGGAGUCUGUAGAUGAGCCAACACUUGGCUCUGGAUUAGACUGGACUACCUAAUCUGGAAUCAGCAGCAGGACACACUAAAAAGAGCUAACGAGGUUAAAGCUGAUGUUACCGGUGCUCGUGUUCCAUUGGCAAAAAAACCCCAAAACAAAACAGACAGCAUGAGAUCUUUCUGAGAGCGUUGGGGGGCCCCUCGUUGGAGAAAGAUUCCUGUGGACUCUCCCCUCUAGCUUCUGAUUUGUUGCCAACCCCCCCCCCACCCCCCUACGAGCACCGGGCAGCCGUCGGCCUCAGGUUGGUGUGCGCGAGACGAGAAGGGGGGGCCGACACUGCACACAUCAGUUUGCUGUGGAUCCAGAGGGCCGGGUGACCAGCAGGUCUGAGGUCUUAAAGAACGGAUCAGACCGCCUUAAUGUGAGGAGAGAACCUUCACUGGAUGAGAUGUGGAGUGUAUGGCUGGACACAGGACUAACAUGCACCAACACACACACCACUCACACGUCUCAUCUCUCCACAAGAAUGAUUGUAAAGCAGUCCAUUUUCAAAAGCAAUUGUAUAUGUUAGGUCUUUUAUUUUUGGGGGGGCGGGGACAGAAAGUACAGGCAGACAGUCCAAAUCCUGGUCCAGUUCUCUGUUACACACACACAUCUACCUGCAGGUGGGGGCAGCAGUCAGGGUGCUGCAUUCCCUUUGAACCCUCACUCACAGGUUUCCAGUCUGUGGACUGUGGGAACAGACAUUUUAAAAUGGGUUUAGUUCAUGUUCGAUGACAGGUCAAUGUAAAUAUCAUGUUUAGAUUUUGUUCCGUGACUUGAGGCCCAGGUUUGGUCCAGGCUGUGUCCACGCUCACAUCCUGUCAGGGAAGCUGAGGUCUCCCCUCUGUUCUCCAGCUCUGAUUUGAGACACUCACACUCUGGUCUUUUAACCUACAUCACUUUUUUUGUUUUUUGUUUUUUUGUGUUUUUAAUGAUGAGGAUCAUUAUUAUUAAAUGGAAAUGUUCCACUGCAGAUUGACACAUUAAAUUUGUCUCCAGAGACCAGGGGUUAUCCUAAAGGGGUAUUCAAGAGACAGAUCGUUAAAGAAAUAGUCAAUGGACGUAGCAAAGGCCAAGUUAGUCCCAAGUUUGGGUCGAGCUCCAAAAAACCAGACUCCUACAUUGCCCACAAUGCAACUGGGCUGCAUCUUGUCAUUAGACCCUUCCUACCUUGUAGAUCUCACACUUCUCGUGUCCAGUUUGUAGCUCAGGCUUUCUGUUCACAUGACUGAGUUAACAUCAUGGUGACAUGGUGAGGGUUUUCAUCAGACCUGACAAAUCAUAGAGCUGGACACAGGACUCACCAAGACCACUUCACUGACCUGGUCAUGGUCAUUUAGGGGCAAGUUAACCCUCUGGGACAGUGAUGUGCUCUGAGACACAGCCCUGGACCAGAGCUGCAGCGUGGGUCCUGUUUGACUGUGGGAGGGGGAUAAGCAUCACGGUCAGUAAGAGAUGCACCCUGGGUAAAAAAAAAAAAAAAAAAAAGUUAGAAAAAAAAUCCAUCACGUGUUUGGAAAAACCAAAACCGAAUGCUAAACACACACCACCCCCGACACACACACGCGCGCUUUGUCUCCAUCCGAGGACGGUGACCCCACAAACGUCACGGGACAAGAGGACAGACAUCAGAGCAGAGUGGAGACGAAUCAGAAGCUGCUGUCUUGUUGUUUUCUGUUUGUUUUGUAUAAAUGUCAAAAAGGCCAACACUGUAUCAUCUCUAAUAAACACAUAGAGAGGUUGGAAA